AUGGUGGUUGCACACCGGCGACGUUGCUCGGAUCGACGAAAACUGGGGCUCAUCGCGAGUCGUCGACCGCAUCAGAGAGACACGAUCAUCGGUGAGUGGAUUCAACGUCUACCCGCCCGCGAAGUCGAGGACUCACUCGGACAUCAUCCCGCGGUGGCCGCCUGUGUGCAGUAUUCGGUGUCCCCGAUCCUCAUAGGGGAGAAAGCGGUUACCGCGGCAAGUCGUACUGAAGGCGGGAUGGUCGGUCACGCCGAAGAGCAGCUCGUCGCACACGUGAAUCACUACAAGGGCUCGAUCUGGGCGCAAGGAAAUUUCAAUUGUGGAAGCGUUGCCGCUCUCUCACUGCUUUGGGAAGGUCGACAGAAGGCACUCCGGGCGCUUCGAAGACAC